AUGACCGUAGCACCAGCAUUGUUCGUCUUGGUCUUCCCCUUGAUGCUGUGCCACCCCACGCUCCUCUCCGACUCCCAUGCUCAACCGCCCUCCUCUCCAGCCAGAGGAGCCAACGCGAACACGACCACUGACGACGAGCGAGCUCUCCUCUCCUUCAAGUCCACGCUGUCAUCAGGAGCCUCGCUGCUGGCCUCAUGGAACGGGUCCGGCCGCUACUGCCGCUGGCCAGGUGUCCUUUGCGGUGAGAAGCACCCGGAGAGGGUGGUCGCGCUGCACUUGCGUUCUGCCAACCUGUUGGGACCUGUCUCGCCAUUCCUGGGAAACCUAUCCUUUCUCCGGGAGCUGGACCUCGGCGACAACCACCUUGCUGGUCUGAUACCACCGGAGCUCGGCCGCCUCACCAGGCUCCAGGAGCUCAACUUGAGCGUGAACUCUCUCCAGGGAAGCAUCCCAGAGGCCCUGUCAGGCUGCUCAAGCCUCAUGACGCUUGAUGUAAAAAGGAACCAUCUCCAAGGUGAUAUGAUACACCCGUGCUGAUUUCCUUUUACUUUUUUUCUUUCUAAAAGGCGGGCGCUAAGUCUUCAGAAUUUAUGUCGUCCAUUUUUUUUUAUAAUGCUUCUUCACUUGUCAGGAGAGAUUCCACGAUGGCUGACGAACCUGACAUCCAUGGAAUACUUGAGCUAGGGAGGCAACAGGUUAUCCGGUGAGAUACCACCAGGUUUGGGCAACCUCUCCAAGCUCCGGCAUCUCGCUCUCUCCACCAACAUGCUGUCAGGAGCCAUCCCUUCGUCCUUAGGGCGCUUGCCCAAUCUAUUAUGGCUCAGCUUAGGCUACAACAAUCUGAGUGGAGCGGUCCCCACUACCAUCUGGAACAUUUCCUCUCUGGUAUUCUUCUCCGUCCAGCAAAACAUGCUAACUGGAACAAUACCGCCAAAUGCAUUCGACGCUCUUCCUUAUCUCCAGAGCAUAUACAUAGACCACAACCGGUUCCAUGGGCAGAUCCCAGCUUCCAUAGCUAAUGCUUCCGAAAUGUCAUUGCUUCAGCUCUACUACAACUUCUUUGACGGAGUCGUUCCUCCGGAGCUCGGAAGGUUAAGAAAUCUGUACUGGCUACAGAUCUCGGUAAAUUUGCUUCAAGCUAGGGAGCCCAGAGAUUGGGGAUUUGUAGCCGCAUUAGCAAAUUGCUCCCAGUUAGAAGUUCUGGAAAUGGGUGCCAAUAAGCUGGAGGGAGUUCUACCUGAUUCACUUUCCAAUCUUUCUACCUCGUUGAUGCAUCUCAGUCUUAGUGGCAACGAAAUAUCAGGAAUCAUCCCUAGAGAUAUAGGUAACCUUGUUAACUUGCAAAACCUCGAUCUUUCUAACAACUCUUUCACCAGUACGCUUCCCUCUUCCUUGAGUAGGCUUAACAACUUGGUCGAACUCUAUGUAACAGAAAAUAAAAUGAGCGGCUCAAUUGAUCCAUGGACAGUAGGAAACCUUACUAACCUAAACAAUUUGGGCCUCAGCAAAAAUGCGUUCAGUGGUAGGUUACCAAGCACAAUUUUAAAACUUGCAAAGUUGUUGGCACUCGAUCUUUCAGGUAAUAGCUUCACCGGGCCAAUUCCAAAAGGUUUGUUCAAUAUCUCUGCUCUCUCCGUAAAUUUGGAUCUAUCCCAUAAUAACAUGGAGGGAUCAAUACCACAAGAAAUCGGUAAUAUGAAAAAUCUAGUAGUAAUCAAUGCAGAGUCGAACAAACUUACGGGUGCAAUCCCCGACACCCUUGGUGAAUGUCAACUUCUCCAGAACCUCUUCCUCCAAAACAACAUUUUAACUAGUACAAUUCCAUCAUCUAUGAGUCAGCUCAAAGGUCUAGAAAGUCUUGACCUCUCUGGCAACAAUUUGUCUGGUCAAAUUCCCAAGUUCCUCGCCAACAUUACCAUGCUUAAUUACCUAAACCUUUCAUUCAAUAGCUUUAUUGGGGAAGUCCCAAAUGUUGGUAUUUUUGCAAAUGCCACUGCGUUCUCGAUCCGGGGUAAUGACAAGAUUUGUGGUGGCAUACCUGAUCUACAUUUGCCUCCAUGCUCUUCACAGUUAGAAAAUAAAAGGCAAAAAUCUCUAGUGAUUCCUAUUGUUACUCUGGCUGCAUCGAUAGUUAUCCUUUUGUUGAUCUGCUUAUUUCUUUCGUGGCGCAAAAGCACAAGUACUAAAAUUCCUGCCACAACAUCCUUGCAAGGCCACCCACUGACCUCCUAUGCACAGUUACUAAGAGCAACAAAUGGUUUCUCAACAACAAACUUGUUGGGUUCAGGAGCAUUUGGGACUGUAUUCAAACGAAAUAUAGAGUCCCAAGCUGGUGGAAGUACAUGUCAUGUUGCUGUUAAGGUACUAAAACUUCAAACUCCUGGGGCAUUCAAGAGUUUCAUUGCCGAGUGCGAAGCACUGCGAAAUCUGCGGCACCGAAAUCUGGUCAAAAUAAUUACAGCGUGUUCAAGCAUUGAUAACAGAGGGAAUGACUUCAAAGCGAUUGUUUUUGAGUUCAUGCCUAAUGGUAGUUUAGAAGACUGGCUACAUCCUGACACAAAUGACGAAACAGCCAAGUGCUUAAAUCUCCUAGAGAGAGUUACAAUACUGCUUGAUGUGGCCUAUGCGUUGGAUUACUUGCAUUGCCAUGGCCAUGCACCGGUUUUACAUUGUGAUCUGAAACCAAGCAAUGUGCUCUUAGAUACUGAGAUGGUAGCUCAUCUUGGAGACUUUGGACUCGCUAAGAUUCUUGUUGAGACAAACUCAAUUCUUCAACAGUCAACAAGAUCGAUGGGAUUUAGAGGGACAAUUGGGUAUGCACCCCCAGAGUACGGUGCUGGAAAUAUGGUAUCGGCACAGUCAGAUAUUUACAGUUAUGGAAUUCUUGCGUUAGAAAUGGUAACAGGCAAGAAGCCGACUGAUAGCAAAUUCAUUGAAGGACUGAGCCUUCGUCGGUUUGCUGAAUUAGGUCUAAGUGGUAAGGCGAUGGAUGUAGUCGACACCCGGCUGUCUUUGAGCCUCGAGAAUGAGCUUGUCAAAGCAGAUGAUUGCCUGUACAAACCGAAGAUUGAUUGUGUGUUUUCACUGCUUGGACUUGGAUUGUCUUGCUCUCAUGACAUGCCAUCAAGGACAGCAACAGGAGAUAUCGUGAAGGAACUGCAUGCCAUCAAAGAAUCUCUUCUUUUGUAAGGGAUCCUGAUUCUGGUGAAGCAAGGCACUAUACUGUUGCUUUUGCGUCUAGAGCAGAUUCCUGGGUCGAAAUUUCCCAGUUACACCGAAAAGUCAUGAUCUCUGUCCUACACUCCUACUUCUGUCGGAACCUGGACAACUCAUUCCAAGGCCUAGACAAGUACGUAGUGUAUGCUGGUCAAAUUGUCAUGUUUAUGAUGUAUUCCUCCGUCCAACAAAGGAUAUCUCAACUUUGACUAAAUUUGAAUGCAUCUAUACACUAAGUCAUGUCUACAUACAUCCUAAUUUUGACAAAUUUGAGACAUCUUUUGUUGGACGGAAGGAGUACCAUUAUUCACCCAGUUCUGGAUAACUCAGUGGAAAGCAAUUUCCUAAGUAGUUUGUCAUCAAUGUAUAGCAACCUAUAGCAAGUUCUUAAUUAUCAUGUUUAUGUGUCAAACUAAUCAGGAUCUGGAAGCAGGUGUAAUCAAUGCAUAGCAAGUUUCCAACCAUGUUUAUUUCGUACAUCCAGGCUACAGUGUGAAUGACACCAGAGGCAGUUUAUUUUGGUUCUGUUUCAAUUGCUACUUGUAGUUUGUAAAGAUUCAGGCUUAUAGAUACCAGUCUUGUUGCUGAAUAUUUAGUUAUCUUUUGCGGUUUCCAGAGCAUCAUCGAUGCAUUCUAAUCCCCGAAGUAGUAGCAUUCAAGCCCAGGACGGGAUAUAAGUAUUUCGGUAUUGAUAAAACAAUCCUGACAGUGAAGCAAUUCACAGCGAUACGAUACAGGCCAAUGAGAAUACCAGACAGGCAAUGGCACCAAAGCGUA